AUGGGACGCAUAACUUCUGCUACCAAGUAUUGGCAUAUCUUGGGCAACUUGCCCGAGGACGUGCUCAACAAUCUCCGCGAAGCAGCAGCCAUUGGGGUUCCUUGCGACAAUAUACUGGAAAUAAGAAAUCACGCUUUUCAAUUACCUGAUGUGAUUAUUUUAAGUGGAGAAGGAGGUAAAGGAAAAACUUCUCUGAUGAAGUACAUUUUGGAAGAGUACUUGAAGGGACCAGGAUGUGCGGUGCAGAAACUCGCUGAAUAUGAGAUGAUGUUGCACGUAGAAGCGAGAAAUGAUCAAAUAAAAUCAUUUAAAGACCUUCUCAGGUGUAUCAUACCAGCCAAUAACGCCAAUAUACCAGAAUCGAAAUGCAGGGAAAGGGUUCACAAACUAUUUCUGAUUGAUGGUUUUGACUAACAUAAUCCUACAUCACGGAAUUUGGUGAAGGAACUUCUAAAUCUUCCCGGCAGCAACCGCUACAUCAUUACCACCAGACCUACGUCGGUCGAAGACGCCAACAUGGUUCUUCCGGACUCAAAAUCCGAAUUAAACUUGCAGCUGCAAGGAUUCCCGGGAGAUCAGCACGAAAACUUUGUGCUCAAAUUGCUCAGAUCUCUUAUGAAUGACGAAGAUAAAAUCCUCCAUUCGACUAAAGAGCUGAUGAAAUGUUUGCGACGCCUGAAGCAAACACUUGGAGAACAGCUCAAUACACCGCUCAAUCUCGCACUCAUAGUGCUGCUCCACGUUGUUUCUCCAGAAACUGUGAGCAACCUCACCAGCUCUUCGGACCUUUACUCAGAGCUCAGGUCGAUGAUGACCGACAAAUUGGCCUUUCGUUUAGUCAAUUUCACUGAUCUCACCGAGUCUGCUGCGAAAAAGAAUUGCAAACGUUUUUUUAAUUUCUUCGACCAAGUAUCAUUCAGAUCAUUCUGUCGAAAAGAGUAUAAAUUGAAGGACAACACAACGGAGAAGUUUGUGAAUGUUUGCGGAGAACUUGAUUUACCUGAUGAUCUUGUGCUGUCCUCAUACCUUAACACGAAAAGAUCUCUUCGUGGCAUUGGCUCGAUUAAAGUUUACACUUACCAGCAUCUCAUGAUGCGGGAGUUCGCUGCUGGAUGUCAUUUAGCUAGGAAAGUCAUUCAGUUUGUGAAGGACUUAGAAUUUCCUGACGAUGCAAUCAAAGUGCAUGUGCUGCAAACAAUCUCGAAGCAAACAGUGGAGAAGCUGUCCCUGGUUUUCAGACACAUGUAUCACGAUGGAAAUCCCGGCGAUUGCGCAUCUUUUCUUGCCCCACUGAGAGACAGUACUUCGUGCGAUCUCGCCGAAUUCUGGGGAUCUCUCAGUAACGACGGUCUUGAUAUGCUACCGGAAUGCUUGGGCGUCUUGAACUUGAGAUUACCUCCCGAACAAAUCGGUUACCUCAACAAAUCUCUCGAGCGACUGAAUCUCUGUAGUUUAGAUACGGUGGUGAAUCUCAGCCACCGGCCUGAUCCCUGCACAAUCGAGGCCGUUCAGUUCGAAGGGUCGCGGCUUGUGCUCGUCGUUUCGGCCGUGCUGCACGACUGUGCCAGUGACAUCGAGUGGGCUCUAGAUGCCCUCGAAAACUUGUGUCCCCAGGAUCGCUACAAACAAGUCACAAUAUUUGGUUUCUGGGAGACCAAACUUACUUAUGCUGGGGCCGUACUGCUACUGGAGGGUCUUCACAGGCGCGGGUUCGUUGCUUUCGAUUUCGUGGUCAUCAGAUCGACCGAACUAAUCAAACAGACUCAGCAGGAAGAGCUCACCGAGAUGGCGCUUGCGCUCGAACAGAAGAAGUUUUUGAUCAUCAAGGACCCGUGA